AUAUAGAAAUUGUGGAAUAGACAAAGAAGUUUUGAAUACAUUUAUCACGACAUUUUCUAUAAUGAAAAAUUAUAAAUAGUUGAGAAAGAUUAAGUUUGAAGAAUAAGAAUAUGUCGCGACGACAAAGCAGUGUUUUCAGUCUUGGAUCUUUAACUUUAACCCCUAAGCAAGAUGAAUCUUGUUAUGAAGGUAGCAAAUUUUCACAAUUUAAUUAUAUCUUAAAAGUUAUUAAAAAUAUUUGAUUUUCAGAUAUGACAGAGACAGAAUUACGAGAGGCACUCAAAAAUAUUGCUCAUUCGAAUCUAUUGUUAAGGUUGGAAAAUGAUGUUUUUGAACGGUAUCUUGAACGUCGAGAUCCUGAAAGUCUUCGAACAAUAGCGCAAGUCUUAGAAACCGCUAAACGCGUACAAAAAAUUGCGCCUCAGCGCAGUUAUACGUCACCCGUUAUGAGUGCAGCCGGAAGUGCUGUGACUUUCCGCGACAAGGAUUCACUGAGUAUUGCCAGUAUCCCAUCCGGAAGUCAUAUCACGCCAAGUCUUUUAGCAGCUAAAGCAGCAAAAAAAGUAACAAAGUUAGUCUGUCAGAUGUAACUUUUAUUACUAUUGUAUCCCUGAUUAUUAAUAUAUCGACUACUAUUUGAACAUAGGAUCACAUAUGCAC